AUGGCUAGGAACCCAGAUUUAAAAACUGUUGAUGACUUUGCUUCCACCUUAGAUUCCGAUGAGAAGGUAAAUGCUGUAAAAACGAGAUAUGACCUGCCCCUAGAUCUAGAAGCUAGAGCCCCAUUAGGAACCGAGAGGGCUAAUUCUCCUCCUGAGGGAAGAAUCACUGUAUACGACCGCUUUAUGCAUCUAGGGCUAAGAUUCCCCCUCUUCCCUCUGUUCGAGGAGAUUGUCCAAUAUUAUAAAACCCACCUUGCUCGUUUUACACUGAAUUUGAUAACCUUCAUGCUUGGGUUCGCAAAAAUAUGUCAACGAGAAAAGGUAAAGCCCCAACUAAUUCUGUGGAGAUACCUCUUCCAAGUUGUCGUUCCCUCGACAUCAUUCCAAGAUUGGUACAUUGUCAAGAGAUGCCUUAGACCCGGCGUCAAGAAGAUGGUCGAGGCAUAUUGUGGCUCUCCUGAAUGGAAGCCCGAAUACCUUUUUGUGAAAGCAUCGGAAAAGUAUUGUGUAGCAUGGAAUUGGCGAGAAGUGGAAGGUCUCGGGGUGAUAAAGGACGCGUGGUCCAAGGAGGAUGACAAUAGCGUCGAGGAGUUCGCCGAUGAUUUGAAAAAAGUCUUGAAGUACUCCAAGCUUGUUAAAUGGAGUGGCGUGCCGUAUUACGUCAUGUCAUCGAGCAACGCUGGUUCUCGACUUUAUGGUGAUGAAGACCCUUUUCCUAUUAUAAAUUCAGAUGAGGAUGUCUCAACCACUGCUGGUGCUCAAGAGAAAUUUGUGCCCCAAACUGUCAAGGAGACCUGCCUUCCACCCAUGGAAACCAGGCCAAGCAGUGUGCCUCCUGUUGCUUAUAAAGGCAAGAACCCUCUCGAGGGAGAGGCAGUCACAUUGCCCUCACAAAUGUUCGAGGGAGGACCGACUGUAGUAGUCCACACGUUUGGCAACCCUCCAACAAUCGAGUGCCCCAUCCUGGAAGAGUUUGCAGCUCAACUGAAUGAGACCGACAGCGUGAGGCUGGCUAAAAUGAUUUCCACCGAUGGGAUGGCGGCAGCUAUCGAGGAGGUUAACAUGGCUGUUACAAAUCCAAAGAAGGUCAUGCAUGAGGCGCUGGUGAAUGUUCUCACCAAACUCAGCGCCGAGCAGCUGCUCCUAUGGGAGUCUUUGAGUGGGGCUCUCAUCAAGAUGGGUACUCCUGAGGAGAUCGCCAUGUUUCCUGGUGAUACUCCUACAGUCUUGUCCAAUGGCCCAAGUGAUGAGGAGACAAUUCCUGAAGUGCCAGAUGAGUAUAUGGAUUGA